AUGACAAAGAGCGUGCUUAACGAGGGCCGCCUCGGGAACAAGUCUGUGAAUGCCACUGCUGUGGCGGUGCCUGUCGAGCCGAGUGCGCCAAAGUUUCCAUCGCUGGAGACCCGGCUGGGCACCAUCUCGCCGACGGUGCUGGCGGUAAUCUGUGUCAUCGGAGCUGUACUUGGAGGUGUGACGCAGAAUGUGGCGCUUCCGCUGUGGCUGGUGGCACUGGACGAUUCGUCGGCUGGCGCCAAUCCGUACUUUGUCCUCACCUUUGCCUCGGCAGCGUACGUGGUCAUCUUUGGCCUUGUUGUGGCGUAUCUCAAGCUCUUUACCAACGCGCUCGGAGAGGUCGAGGCGCGGUUCCCGCACAAGUUCCUCGCUCUCAUUGGAGCGUGCGAUGCGCUCAACGGCAUCCUUGUGGUCUUUGCAUCGCCGCCGCAGCGGACGGCGCCGUUUCUGCAGGCGCUCCUCGGCAACGCCAUCAUCCCAUUCACCUUUGCUGGCUCGUACCUGCUCCUCCACCGCAAGACGACGUGGAAGCACGUGGCAUGCGCGGCGUUGUGUGUUCUGGGCCUGCUCAUUGCACUGACGCCGACGAUCUUCAAUCUGGACGACGUGGCGGAGCGGUACUCGUCGUCGUCGUCGGCCCGGUACGUGUGGCCGAUGGUGUUUAUGGUGGGCUUCCUGCCUGCGGCGUUGAUGAACAUCUACGAGGAAAAGGUGCUGAAGACGAUCGGGGCGUCAGCGUCGUCGAUGGGGCGGCUCAACCUGUACUUUAUGCUCUUCUGGACCUCGCUCUACCAGCUACUCACUGCUGGGCUCGCGUUUUGGGCGGCGUUCAUUCCCGGCUUUGGUGUCUCGACGGCCAAGGCUUUUCCCAACUCGAUGUGGGUCAAUCUGCAGUGCACCUUUGGCGGUGCAGGCUGCUCGUGGGCCCCGUUCUUUGCGGUUGUCUUUAUCGGCGGCUACGUGGCGUCAUACGUGUUUGGCGGCUUCCUCUUCCGCUACGCCUCGGCAAACUACAACGUCGUGGCCUCAUCGCUGGUUACUCCGCUGGGCGCGCUCUUCUGGACAUUUUUCCGGUCGACGCCGUUUGGAUGGGACAUGCAGGUCAAUUACACGACGUGGCUCUCGCUCUCGGCCCUUCCGGUCCUCCUGGCAGGCAUCAUGUGGUAUCACCGGCUGGAAGCCGAGGACGAGGCGAGCGACGGCGCUGUCGACAUCGACGCCCUCGACUUGGACCAUGGCGAGGUGCGGACCAUGCGUGCCGGAGCCCACGACUACAUUACAAUUUGAUUGCUACUG